CCCUCGUGUGUGUGUGUGUGUGUGUCACCCUCGGGUCAAAUCUGCGUCUCAGGUGUUCUGGUCCCAGAAUCAAGAGGUCCCUGCUAGGGAGCAUCCCUGUUCUGUCGUGGUUGCCUCGUUACGCCAUCAAAGAAAACGCCCUGGGCGACCUCAUCUCUGGGCUCAGUGUGGGCAUCAUGCAGCUGCCCCAAGGUAUGGCCUACGCCUUGUUAGCGGGCGUUGCACCAGUUUUUGGCCUUUACUCCUCUUUCUACCCCGUCCUCAUCUACUUCAUCUUCGGCACGUCCAAGCACAUCUCAAUAGGAACAUUUGCAGUGAUUAGUGUGAUGCUCGGCGGGGUUACGGAGCGAUUAGCCCCAGACUCCAAUUUUAUGAUAUGGGACAAUAUGACCAACGUGAGUGUAUUGGACGUCCUUGCUCGCGAUGCCGAACGGAUGCGAGUGGCCACCGCCGUUACUUUCUUAACAGGAUUAUUUCAGAUCCUGCUCGGUCUGGUCCAUUUUGGAUUUGUGGUGACUUACCUCUCAGAACCGCUGGUCAGAGGUUACACCACAGGCGCUGCAAUCCACGUUAUUGUGUCCCAGCUCAAAUACACCUUUGGAUUCAGCCCCUUGAGAUACAGCGGACCGCUCUCCUUGAUAUAUACAGUGCUGGAGAUAUGUUAUCUAAUUCCACAGACCAACAUCGGGACUCUGGUGGUCAGCAUUGUCGCCAUUAUUGGCCUCAUCCUUGCCAAGGAGCUCAAUUCCUACUUGAGUAAAAAAAUACCUGUCCCAAUACCUGUGGAGUUGCUCGGCAUCACCAUAGCUACAUUGAUAUCCUGGCAAGUGAACUUACAGGAAAAAUAUGGAGUAGAUGUGGUUGGAGAAAUUCCAUCAGGCCUCCAGCCGCCUGUUUUCCCGCCCCCCUCGCUCUUCAGUCAGGUGAUUGGGGACGCCUUUGCCCUGUCUGUGGUUGGCUACGGCAUCGCCAUUUCACUGGGAAGGAUCUUUGCACUGAAAUAUGGAUAUAAAGUGGACAGUAACCAGGAACUGAUAGCCUUGGGGCUCAGUAACUCCAUCGGGGCAGUGUUCCAGUGUUUCGCCGUCAGCUGUUCUAUGUCCCGCUCGAUGGUGCAGGAGAGCACAGGAGGGAAGACUCAGGUUGCUGGGGCACUAUCAGCCGUUGUUAUUCUUUUCAUCACCCUGUGGAUCGGAGCUCUGUUUGAAGACCUACCCAAGGCAAUGCUGGCUGCCAUCAUCUAUGUGAACCUACAUGGUAUGAUGAAGCAAUUCAUGGACAUACCUGCACUGUGGAGGAGUAACAAAACAGACAUGGUGAUCUGGGUCGCCACUUUCCUACUCACCCUGCUGUUGAACCCCGACCUCGGACUGGCUGCCUCCAUUGGCUUCUCAAUGCUUACCGUCAUCUUCCGGACACAGCUACCUAAAUACUCCAAAUUGGGGCAGGUUCCAAACACAGAAAUCUACAAGCCUUUGCAGGAUUACCCUCAGGUGAGAGAAGUGCCUGGUAUUUUGAUCUUCCGAUCUUCUGCCACUCUCUACUUUGCCAAUGCUGAGAUGUAUCAAGAUGCACUGGACAAGAUGUCCGGCAUUGACAUUACCAAAAUCCUGUCAGCGAAGAAGAAACUUGAAGCCAAAAAGAAGAAGUACGAGAACCAAAAAGCCAAAAACGCUGCAAAAAACAACACGGCGGACAUGGAGCGAGAGCUGGAGGAGCACGAGAAGGAUGUAGCCUCCAUUCAAGUGGAUGCUGAGCCUGACCCUUCACUGCCCAGAGCCAUCAUCCUUGACCUGAGCCCUGUCAACUUUCUAGACACAGUGGGAGUCAAGACCUUGCGUGGUAUUGUAAAAGAUUACGGUCAAGUUGGUGUGGAGGUGGCGCUUGCAUCUUGUCAAUCCGGCGUUGUAGAUAAUCUGCGCACUGGCAAUUUUACCAACGACAAAGCGACGUCACGCCUCUUCGCUACUGUCCAUGACGCUGUGCUUCACUUUCAGUCUGAGCGAAAGCACGUCUCUGAGGUGAUCACGGCAACACAUUUCUGAGUGCUGUGGAUAAUUUUAGAUGAUAUCAUGAAGAUGUGAGGAGGACUGCAAGAGAAUUACACUCACCGGACUCUUGUCGAAUAAGUCUUAUGCGCAGCCCGACCCGUUUGAAGAAUGGCAACACAAAAGAAAGCAGCAGAAUUAAAAGAACAAUGAAUUAAAAACAAAUUCAGACUUA